UAACUGGUCUGUAUUUAUUAAAUACUAUUUGCGUUUAGGACGUCUAGGUUGGAAAAUAAAUGACGGCCAUUUUUGUUCGAACCGCAAUAAAUUAAUCAUCUAACUCGCACAUGGUUGGGUGUGGAAACCACACGUCUAAGUUAUUAAACUACAGUAACUUAGCCAGGACUUAAGUUUCACAAGUGAUUUGAUUUUAUUGUUUAAUCGUUCAUACAAUUCAGUAGAGUUAAAUUUAAGAUUCUGACAUACCUAUUUCAAUAAACUUAAAAAUCUAUAAGAGAAAAAAAGAUAGAUAUUUCAGUAGUGUCAGUAAGUUUACUUGUUUACCAAUUGUAAGGAAAUUAUCAUUGCGUAUGUAAGGUACAAUGAGCGAUUUUAACUUAAUAGUGCCUCUUGAGUAGUCGGCAAGUUAAUAGCUCAUUACAUAACAAAAGGUUAAGCAAUAAGAACAAGACACGUAUAAUUAACUUUUACGUCAAAAAAUGUAUAACAACGUUUUUGUUCUGCAAGGCACCUAUACUCCGGAACAAGCAGGAGUACGCAUGUUUUGCUGUCAUUUGUGAUAAACAAAUUUGGGACUUACGAAAAAUAUGAUAAUUAUUACAGAACAUUUGGCUCGUAUAUAAGUUAAUUACUCUAUUAUUUCCAAACAUGGAUCACAAGUCAGUUAGCUUUCUGACUAUAAGAAUUAUGUGGAAUUUUUAUUUAAAACACAAAAUGAAAAGAUUCUGACUAUAAGUAGACAUAAAAUGACGUAAUCAUUUGAAUUGUUUAUUUGACACAAAAGAGGUAGAACUAACUAACUGUCACGAGAUUGAGAAAUCGUUAAUGUCAGGAAGUCUAUGGUAACUUGGGUGAAACGGUAAAGUCUACUUGGUAGAUUUGAGUAAAAUACUCGUGUUCUUAAUAUUUUCCACUGUAUAAAUCAAGGAGAUAAUAUAUGUAUUAUAUGGUUUGUGAAACGGUAAAGUCUACUUGGUAGAUUUGAGUAAAAUACUCGUAUUCUUAAUAUUUUCCACUGUAUAAAUCAAGGAGAUAAUAUAUGUAUUAUAUGGUUUGCUAGGAGAAAACAUGCGGAGAGGAAAUCGUAGAAGGAUUUAGGAAUUGAAUGCAGUUAGUAGUUGUUAGUGGUUGGAGUAAGUUUUUUUUUGUAACAAGUGGUUGGAGUAAGUUAAUGCAAAGAUUAAAGUAGAUGAUUAAGUGUUGCUAUAUAAGCGACCAUAGUGCGGAAAUGUUUUCGUCAUCGGGCAGUGAACACUGCAUAGAACAAGAAAACUAAAAAGCAGGAAGACAUGGGGCGUCUAGUUAAUGGAGCUACUCUAUUGGCUUUAUUAUGUUUUCAUGUUUUCGCUGUGAAUGUUACUGCCAGAAAUGGUGCGAGUUCUAGCAAAGAUGAAGAGGAAAAAACGUUAAUUGGAGGCGGCAAGGGUGGUGGCUUUGGCGGUGGAUUUGGAGGAGGAUCUGGCGGUGGAAUAGGAGCAGGCGGUGGUUUUGGAGGCGGCGGUGGUGCUGGUGGAGGUGGAGGAGGUUUUGGUGGUGGACAGGGGGGAGGUGUCGGAGUCGGUGGUGCCUUUGGUAAGGGUGGUGGGGUUGGCGGUGGUUUUGGAGGUGGAGGUGGACACGGUGGAGGAGUUGGUGGUGGUGCUGGAGCAGGUGGUGGGUUUGGAAAAGGCGGAGGGAUCGGAAAGGGUGGCGGAGCUGGUGGUGGAAUAGGCAAAGGCGGUGGUCUUGGUGGUGGAAUUGGCAAAGGUGGAGGAGUUGGCGGUGGAAUAGGCAAAGGUGGAGGAGUUGGUGGCGGGAUUGGAAAAGGUGGAGGUAUUGGUGGCGGUAUAGGCAAAGGUGGAGGAGUUGGCGGUGGUUAUGGUAAAGGAGGAGGUAUUGGUGGUGGUAUCGGAAAAGGCGGAGGAGUUGGAGGUGGUAUUGGCAAAGGCGGAGAAGUUGGGGGUGGUAUUGGUAAAGGCGGAGGUAUUGGCGGUGGUAUCGGCAAAGGCGGUGGAGUUGGUGGUAGUAUUGGCAAAGGUGGAGGAGUUGGCGGUGGAAUUGGCAAAGGGGGAGGUAUUGGCGCUGGCAUUGGCAAUGGCGGAGGUAUCGGCGGCGGCAUUGGAAAAGGUGGUGGAAUUGGCAAAGGAGGAGGCAUUGGAGGCGGAAUUGGCAAAGGUGGAGGUGGUGGCGUCUUUGGGAAAGGGGGAGGUAUAGGCAAAGGCGGAGGCAUUGGUGGUGGUAUUGGAAAAGGAGGAGGAAUUGGUGACGGCAUACGCAAAGGCGGAGGCAUUGGAGGUGGAGGAGGCUUUGGCGGUGGAGGUGGAUUUGGCAAAGGCGGGGGAAUCGGUGGUGGAAUAGGCAAAGGCAGAGGCAUUGGAGGUGGAGGUGGAUUUGGCAAAGGCGGGGGAAUCGGUGGUGGAAUAGGCAAAGGCGGAGGAUUUGGUGGCGGGGGUGGAUUUGGGAAAGGAGGGGGUUUUGGUGGAGGUGGUGGAUUUGGUAAGGGCGGAGGAUUUGGCGGUGGAGGCUUUGGAGGCGGAGGUGGGGGUGGAGGGGGUGGCGGAAUCGGACAUCACUAAGCUGAAACACAUUACGUUGUAUUGAAUGCAUGCCUCACGUACACUUGGUUUACAAGCCUUGAGCAUUUCCAAAUAUACUAGCUUGAUGUACUUUGAAUUACGACGAGGAAUGAGUUUCGUUCGACGCAUUCUAAUAAUACAGAUUGUAUCAUGUUGAACA